AUGGACAACACGCUAGACGAAACAACGCUGACCACCAUUUCGCUGCUGGAGGGGCGUAUGCGGCGAAUCGAGCACAUUCUCUACGGCUCAACAACACCCCCAACCGAACCACCACAGGAGUCGGCGACGGCAUCCCUCGCCGAGCUCGAGCGUCGAUUCAAUCAGCUCCUCCACCACUUCCGCGUCUACGCCGAGAUCCUCAAAAUCUACAAAUCUCACCCAACCCUCUUCCAACCCCCCUCCCUAACAACAACAACAACAACCACAAACCCCACCGGCACCACCACCACCACCACCCCCCUCCCACCAACCCAACUCCCCCCCGAAGCGGUGCGCGCCACCGUGCUCGCCUACGCAACCGCCUUCCCGACGAUCGCGUCCUCGCUCACCGCGGCCACCGCCGACACCCCCAUCCCCGACACGAAGCAGAGCGCGGCCCUGGCGGCGCUGGGACCCCGGAUGCGCGGCGCGGCGGCGCUGCAGCACGCGCAGGCGGCCGAGGUGUCGGCGCUGCGGGCGCGCAGCGAGGCCGCCGUGCGCGCGUGGUACGAAGGGGGGGUGUUGAAGUACGGAGAGGCGCUGGCCGGUGUGGAGGGCAGGUUGGAGGGGGUGGAGCGCGGGGUGAGGAGGGUGGUGGCGGGGAGGGAGGAGGGGGAGAAGGUUUGA